AUGGUCAAAGCUAUCAGAUUGCAUCUGCGCAUGUUAAAUUGUUUGAUCAAUGGCCCUGUCAUAAAGCCAAACGAUGGUGUCGAGCUCCAGAGAUUUUCCAUUCAGCUAACAAGUUGUGCUAACACGUUGAAGGAAAUCGGCUGUAUUGGGAAACUCGAUAACUCAAAGAACUUGAAAAGGAUCAUCAACUGUCUUCCUACCGCGAUACAAUAUAAAUGGCGAGAUGCAGUUGACCGGAUCGUGGAACAAGAAAGAAGAGACAUAACAAUCAAUGAUGUCAUGAAGUUCGUAGCAAGUCGAGCGAGAGCUGCAAAUUAUCCUGUUUUUGGAAAAGUAGGCAGGGAAAGAAAGGAAAACAUUGAUCCUGACCAAAGGUGA